AGCAGCGUGGGCCGGGGCUGCGGCUGCUCCGCUGCGCUGGUUUUUACUUUGACUUUUACUUUUCAGCCUGAAGCUGUGAAAAAAGAAGUGAAGAAGGAGGAGGCGAGCAGAGGAAGCUCUGGCUUGAAGAAAUACAAGGAGGGAUCGGGAGCGGUGCAGACAGCAGCUGCUCAUCCCGCAGUGGAGCCCAGCGCCGUGAAGAAAGAACCCGUCUCCAUCCCUGCUGUGGAGGACGAGCUGCCAGCGGUGAAGACGGAGCCUUCGGAGCCGCAUCCCGAAGGAGCGCAGAGGGAUCCUGGUGCAGGGCUGGCGGAACAAAGCAGCGGGGAGGCAGGGGCUGAACUCACUGGUGCGCCCAUGGGAGCAGCUGGGGCCCAGUUACCCGCAGCGAAGGCAGAAGAGAAGCUGCUGCCUCCUCCCAGCACGGGGAAGGAGGAGGUGAUUGCAGACGGCGCUGCCUCGAAGCUCCCUGUGCACACAGUCGGAUCCACGGCGCAGAAGGGAGAGGAGCUGGGAGCUGCAGGGCCGGGUGCCGCCGGGGAGCAGCCAGGAGCAGAACCAGGCAGGGCUGCUGCACCGCUGGCAGCAGGGAGGACGUCGGGGGCCGUCCCCAAAGCAGUGCCUGCUGCUGGGCCUGCCCAGAUGGGCCCUUGUGGCAUCGCACCCAGAAACCCUGGCAAAAAGACAAGCGUUGAUGAGCAAACGGACCGUGAAAAGCAGGGGGCUCCGACAGCAGGGGUGAAUCCUGAGCCUGAGGAUGGGGCGGCAACGGGGGGGAUGCUGGCUGGAGAUGGGGCCGGAAUGGACGUGGAGGUGAGAGCAGAAGGGGCUGCUGGGGAGCAGGGCUCCAGGCUGAAGUGUGCAGCAGAGGUGGAGAAGAAACGCCAGCGGUGCGAGGCUGAGGUUGGGGCUGCCGUGGAAAACGCCGGUAGGAACGGGAAGGAAAAGAAGGGAAGUUGCAGCAAAGCGCCUCAAAGCAAGGAGACGAGGGCAGCAAAAACAAAAGAAGCUGCCAAAGCUGCCGCGUCCAACUCCUCCUCGUCCAUCCAGGAGCCUUCCUCCGCUCCUAAAGCCGUCCUGAAGGCGUCUGUUCCUGAUGCGUUGGCGCCGGGGGCUGCGGUGCACAGAAGCAAACCUGCCCUGUGCAAAGGAGAGGAGCAGGCAGCUUCCUCCAAAGCCAGGCCCCAGGGAGCAGCAGCGGGGCAGAAGAAGGCAGCGUGGAAGGAGGAAGGUCAGCCCAGAGCCGGCCCGAUUCAGCCGAGCAGCUCUGCGAAGGGCGGCAAUGGGAGGAAUGCGUCCCAGCAGGAGAAGGACUCCCAUGUGGAGCCCAGGGCCGGCUCCAAGCAAUCCCAGCAGGGGGAGAGCAGAUCGUCCGGCACGAGGAGAGACGGCAGCACUAAGGUGAGCAGGGCACGAGGGCUGCUGGCUGACUGUGUGCUUCUGGCUUGUGUGCAGCAUGGGCCGGUGGGGCUGCGUUCCCCUUCCCCAUCCUCGCUGUGCUUUGGGCCAGCGGCCACCUUGGAGUCGCAUGGGAGCCAAAACGAGGGCGAAACGUGGCCCAGGUUUGAAACGGGACAGGCUGGAUGGAGCAGCCCUUGAAAGCAGCCCUGCAGAGAGGU